UGUGUCAUAGUUUCGUUGUACUAUUUCAGCGAAAAAUUCAUCAUCUCAAUAUCGGGCGUAUUUAUUUUGUUGUUGUUAUUUUCAUUCAACAAUAACGCAAAGCAAAGUAACGAACGAACCUCAAAUGCAGCAAUCAACACGCUAAGCAACAAAUCUCGUACAAAAAGGAAACAAUUUGCAAGCGAAGUGCACACAAUAUAAACUUGAGUAAAAGCUGCACAGCUGCCCGCCCACCCAUCACCACCCCCUCGUUAAGCAAGCAAUAGAGGAGAGCGACUGCUGCAACUGCUAAAAGAGGACGCCAUGGACAGCGUCACGCAAACGAUGACAACAACAACGGGCAGCAAUGCGCUGACAUCAUCCUUCACUACGAAGAAGAAGGAUGCCGCCGCCGACAAGGAGAAUCUCUGGUCAGCGAUAUUGAAUGAAGUACAAACACAAGGCAGCACAAAGUUACCAUCAAACAAAUCUGUACUAGUAUUAGGUGAUAAUGCCACUGGCAAGACGACACUCAUUGCCAAGCUGCAGGGCGUCGAGGAUCCCAAGAAGGGCUCCGGCCUUGAGUAUGCAUACAUUGAUGUCAAGGAUGAGUACAGAGACGAUAUGACGCGCCUAAGCGUUUGGGUUCUGGAUGGCGAUCCAGGACACACAAAUCUGCUGCACUAUGCGCUUAACGAAACGAACUAUGCACACACCCUCGUCAUAUUAACAGUCUCGAUGACACAGCCGUGGGGCUGGCUCGAGCAGCUCAAUCAAUGGAUCAAGGUGCUGGCCCAGCACAUUGAGAGCCUGCAAUUGGAUCCCAAAGAGAAGGAGGCGGCCCGUCAACGUUUGGCAACGACGUGGCAAAGCUAUUGCGAGGUCGGCGACGAUUUGGAUCCCGGCUCACCAGUGAAACGCACCAUGCACAACAAUUCUAUUGAUGAGGAUGAUCUGUUGCCGCUGACAGAGGACGCACUAAUUACAAAUCUGGGCCUCGACAUUGUUGUCGUUGUCACAAAGACGGACUACAUGACAACGCUUGAGAAGGAGUACGAGUAUCGAGAUGAACACUUUGAUUUCAUACAGCAAUGGAUACGGAACUUUUGCCUGCGGCACGGCACCUCGCUCUUUUACACCAGCGUCAAAGAGGAUAAAAACUGUGAUCUCCUUUACAAAUAUCUAACGCAUCGAAUUUAUGGUCUACCAUUCCGUACGCCAGCGCUAGUCGUUGAAAAGGAUGCGGUGCUCAUUCCGGCGGGUUGGGAUAGCCUCAAGAAAAUAAGUAUUCUAUAUGAGAACAUGCAUGCGGUCAAGGCCGAGAAUCAUUACACAGACAUAAUCAAAGCGCCGCCAACACGAAAGGCGGUUUCCAAUCGCGAGACAGAGGUGCAAACGGAGGACGAACAGGCGUUCUUGGCGCGCCAGCAGGAGAUACUCAAGCAAGGUGGCCAGGUGCGCGGUGAGUCGCCGUUGCGUUCUCAAGGCGCCAGCGCUGGCGGCAACAAGGCCGGACCACGUACGCCCGGCAGUGCCGGCCAGAGUUCACCCAAAAAGAUCGAUCCCAAGCUAACGCCUGCCACGCCGGGCGGUGAAGGUGUGCUGGCCAACUUCUUUAACUCUCUGCUACACAAAAAGUCCGGUGGACCAGCUGGCGGACCGGCAGGUGCAGCCAGUCCAGGCGGUGGCAUGGGCACGCCACGGACCUCCAAUGGCACCGAUGCUCUGAUGACGGCCGAGAAGUUGGCCGUGCGCUCAGAUGCCGCUGCCGAGCUGGAUCGAUUGGCGCGUAGCGUUAAAAAGGAUAUCGAUCUGUCCCAAAGUGAGUGUUGAAUGUGUGUCUGCGCCACAACAGCAACAGUAACCACAACCACAACCACAACAAAUAUCUACAGUAACAACAGCAACACACUAAACAACUGCAACGUCUACACAAUGAUAUCAAUGAGAUAAACAUCUGUUAAACAAACAAAAAAAAAAAAAAAAAACUGCUGCUGCCCAUUAAAUGAGCAAUACGCAGCAAUUGAAAUGACAUCGGUAGCGUUAGUUUAGCGUGCAAAAGUAUAAAGUAUACAACAUAUAAAAUGAAGAGAAACCCAUAUGAAAGACAUCAAAGACACACACACACAACAUUUAUGGAGAAUGGGCUAAGGUCUUAUUCUUAGGUAAAAAGUGAACACACACAUUUAGCUUAUCGUUUCCGACUUGUCCGACAUGCACGUGCUUAAUCUAUACGUAUUUAAAAAAAGGAAACAGAAAAUAUAAAUAUAUUUAUAAUAAUUAUGAUUUAUUAUUAUUUUUCUUUUCUGUUCAUUUGGGGCCACACUUGUGUAUAAUAAUAAUAAUAAUUUAUUUAAAUUAUGUAAUUGUUGAAAGUGUAAAUUACAAAGUGCGAUGCUGUUGUCCACUGAGAAGAGAUUCAAAACUAAGCGAUGCUCAUGCCCCAUGCGCCCAGAGGGCGUGGCAAUUGCUUACACACACACCUACACACACUUUACACUUAACUGUAGUUGAUAGCUUGUAUGUACUUUUUAAUUAUAUUAAUUAAUUACACAACACACAUACACACUGGCUUUAUGUAGUAUUUGUUAGAAACAUUUUUUUUUUUGGCGCCCUUAAGAGCAAGUAAAAGGCUGGCAAAAGAUAGAUGAAGAUGAAGUGGAGGCAAGGAACAACAAAUGGAAAAGCAACGCAAGUGAAAUUUGAUAUGAAUAUGAAUAUUUAAUUUAUGUAAAGUGCUAAUUUAGGCUUCAAUCAAAAUGCAAUUGUUGCGUAUCUUUUGUUUUUCUUUGUGUGUGAUGAUGAUGAUGAUUAUUGAAAGCAAAUUUGAUUUUAACAUAGUCUGAUUAUUAUUUUUUCUCGCUCAAAGCCACACGCGUUUAAUUAAUAUAGAAUACAAGAAGAAAUACGAGAACAAUGUAACACAAAAAAAAACAUUAAACAAAAAAAAAAAAAAACAUAAA